UCCUCACACACUCUCACUCUCUCACCUCUCCUGUCCUUUUAUGGUCAGGCCCCACCCCCCCGUGAUGUCAUCAGCGGCUCAGAGGAAGACCCGUGGGGUUUUUGGGUUUUGGCGUCCAGUCCUGUGGGGCCGCAGGGCUGAGAGUUUCUCCUCCGCAUCUCAUCCCUCCAUCACGGCCUCCUCUCCUCCUCCUCUUCCUCUCUUUGGGGAAAAGAAAAAAGACACUUUGCUCGCGCUCGAUUCGCCGUGCGGACCCGUCUCUGUUCUUCCCCUCGCUUUUCUCGUCCUCUGAGGAUUUUAUUUUUCCUUUUUUUCCUCUCCUUCCUUCCUUCCUUCCUUCCUUCGCGCCGGGUUUCAACAUGACGGCAAAGAGGGAGAAGUUUUUAAAAUUCCUGAAAUCCUGAAAAUAAACUUAAAGACAGGAAAUCUUUCCAGUCAUUCUUUCAGAGUCAAAGUUGAAUUAAAUCUGUGAAAGAGACAAAAAGUUGUGCAGUUAAAUAAAACUCUUUUUUUAUCACCUCCUCCUGCUGCACUCAUCUUUAAUUUUUCUUCUUCUACUCCUUUUUUUCCCGUCGUCCUCCUCUCUCUCUCCGUCCUCGCUGGCUGCUUUGGGACUUCGAGGCGUUUCCAUGUUGAAGAAUUCGACUGAGCACGAGCUCGAGCUGUAGAGCUGCUUCUCUCUCUGCCGGACUUUUCUUUUUCUCUUGCUGAUUUUUCUUCUUCUUCUUCUUGAGUUUUGUCGACGUGGUCGUGCCGUAGCGUCGGCAGUUGGAGCGUCGGGGGCCCCGGAGAUGUUCGGGAUCCAGGACCAGCUGCCCCGCGGGGCCACGGCGAGCAUGAAGGAGGAGCCGCUGGCUGUUCGCUCCUGGAUGCACUCGGCCGGCGUGGUGGACGCCAACACAGCCGCUCAAAGCGGGGUGGGGUUAGCUCGUGCUCACUUUGAGAAGCAGCCUCCGUCCAAUCUGAGGAAAUCCAACUUCUUCCACUUCGUGUUGGCGCUGUACGACCGCCAGGGUCAGCCGGUGGAGAUCGAACGCACCACCUACGUCGACUUUGUGGAGAAAGACAAGGAGCCGACCGGAGAGAAGACCAACAACGGGAUCCAUUACAAGCUGCAGCUGCUCUACAGCAACGGAGUCAGAACGGAGCAGGAUCUCUACGUACGACUCAUCGACUCCAUGACCAAACAGGCCAUCAUCUAUGAGGGUCAGGACAAGAAUCCAGAGAUGUGCCGAGUCCUGCUCACACACGAGAUCAUGUGCAGUCGCUGCUGUGAUAAGAAGAGCUGUGGAAACAGAAACGAGACGCCGUCAGACCCCGUCAUCAUCGACAGGUUCUUCCUCAAGUUCUUCCUGAAGUGUAACCAGAACUGUUUGAAAAACGCCGGAAACCCCCGAGACAUGAGGAGGUUCCAGGUGGUGGUGUCGACGACGGUGAACGUGGACGGUCAUGUGCUCGCCGUCUCAGACAACAUGUUUGUUCACAACAACUCCAAACAUGGCCGCCGCGCCAGGAGGCUGGACCCGUCCGAAGCAGCCACUCCAUGUAUUAAAGCGAUCAGUCCGAGUGAGGGUUGGACGACGGGCGGCGCCACCGUCAUCCUGAUCGGAGACAACUUCUUCGAUGGUCUGCAGGUCGUCUUUGGCACCAUGCUGGUGUGGAGCGAGUUGAUCACCCCUCAUGCAAUCAGAGUUCAGACUCCUCCUCGCCACAUCCCCGGGGUCGUGGAGGUCACGCUGUCCUAUAAGUCCAAACAGUUCUGUAAAGGAGCUCCAGGACGUUUCGUCUACACAGCGUUAAAUGAACCCACCAUAGACUACGGCUUCCAGAGGUUACAGAAGGUCAUCCCCCGUCACCCCGGAGACCCAGAGAGGCUGCCCAAGGAGGUGUUGUUGAAGAGAGCUGCUGACCUGGUGGAGGCACUCUAUGGGAUGCCUCACAACAACCAGGAGAUCAUCCUGAAGAGAGCGGCAGACAUCGCCGAGGCACUCUACAGCGUUCCCAGGAACCACAACCAGAUCCCGUCGCUAGGCAACACCGCCUCCCACGGCAUGAUGGGAGUGAACUCCUUUGGCGGGCAGCUGGCCGUCAACGUCUCGGACACAACGCAAGGUACGAGCACCUGGAACAGACGCACCCCUGUCCAGACUAAAUACGAACCACAGACGCCACAGACGUUUUCAGCAGGUUAUUAUAACACAACGGUGAUGUCGCCCCCUACAGUCGGUUACAGUCGUAACACGAGCAGCGUGUCGCCACGGGGAUACGUACCGAGCUCCACCCCACAGCAGAGUAACUAUGGCAACACGGUCAGCAACAGUAUGAACGGAUACGGCAACACGGGCAUGCCAAACCUCGGCGUGGCAACGUCACCGGGUUUCCUCAACGGCUCGUCUGCCAACUCUCCCUACGGCAUCGUCCCCUCCAGUCCCACCAUGGCGGUCUCCAACUGUAACUCGUCCCACGGAGUUUUCUCCUUCUCGGCCGCCGUCAAACAGAAGAGCGCCUUCGCUCCCGUCGUCCGACCGUCCGCUUCUCCUCCUCCUCCAAACUGCUCCGCCAACAACUCCAACGGGCUUCAAGCCAUGUCCGGCCUCGUCGUUCCUCCGAUGUAAGACAUCUUCCUCCUCGUUCCUCAUCUCUCCUCCCCCUCAGCCACGAGCACCAAUCACCUCAAAGAAGGAGGGGCCUGUGGCAUCAAGAGGCGGGGCCUCAGGCAUGCUCUGACCAGUCAGAGCAGAGUAUAGAGUUUAAAAAAAGAAAAUGAACUGAUGUCUCUGAGUGGACGAAAGAAGAAAGCAAAGUGAGACUUUUUGUACAGCAGAUUUCUGGGUGCUUUCCGCUCUCUGUAAUUAUUCUGAUGUUUUCGUCUGUGUUUGGGGGCGGGGUCUGCUGGUGUAAAAACUGUGAUGUCACACCUUUGAUGUGGCAUCAUUUCCUCUAAUUGUAAUUUAAGUUUGGUUUAAGAAACAGAAGAAAACGCCAAAUCCAACUGAACAUGUCAAAGGCUCCAAAUGACGGGGAAUCCAAAUCCUGACACCUGAUUGGUCGUCUCACUGAGAUAGUGACCAAUCAGGAGGGGGAGACUGAAUUGACUUCCUGUUCAUGUGUUUUUAGUCCACACAAACUGAGACAGUCAACCUCUGCGGCUGUCAGCCAAUCAGAAACCGGAUUUCAACCUCCUGAGUAAUUGAAGUCCUCACGGCGUCGACCUGUGUCCUCUGAGAGUAACCUUCCUCACGUUGAUAGCCCCGCCUUCCUCUGUUAAGCCCCGCCCCUGCCUGUCUGUGUUUGUAUUUAUUUUACCUCUGUUUUUUCUUGUUAUGCUCGCACUGUAAAAACAAAAUCCUGCAUCCUGAUAGGCUACUUUGACUAUCCGUCUUCUUGUUCAGAUGUCUUUUAUUGUCCUGAGACUCAAGCCCCGCCCCUGAGCACUUACACCCCCCACCCCCCGCCCUGCACCCCACAGCCCCGCCCCUUGUGUGUUCUUUGUGGGUUUUGUGAUUUUUGCCAAAGUUGUAGCCGGCUGAGUAUUUAUACGUCACUGUGGUUGAUCACGCUCCCCCGCCCCCCUGCCUCGCUCGCCCGUCACUGAGCUCCCCGAGGGAGAGAGAGAGAGUGUUUUUGUACCAUACAGAUUAUAAAUAAUGUAUUUAUAACUCAGAGUGUUUUUGUAUUCAUGUCCUAAUGUCGUCUUCAUGGGUGUAGACGUGUGUGUGUAUGUGGUGGUGCCACACUGAAAACAAUCCAUUGUUUUGUAUCAAAAGAAAAAAAAAUGAACGUCAAUGUCUUCACACAUUUAUAGAGCUGUCAAUCAAAGCUGACCUGUCCAAUCAGCUCCACUUGUUUCUGUUUUUUUCUUUUAAACGUAAAUCUUGUUUUAAUGUAUGACUGUACUCAAAUGAUUUUCCUCACAGUGAAUAAAGUCAGUGGCUCUGACACA